AUGGCGUUGUUUAUCGUUUUGUUGAUAACAAUAUUUAGUGGCAUUGCUUGUCGUAACGUAACGAUUAGCAAUGUCAUUCCUCGUCGAGAUACAAAUGGAUCAAUUCUUGAUGCGCACGAUGGCAAUGUUUUCCUUUACGCAGGUCUUUAUUAUUACUAUGGUGCAAGUUAUGGUCUAUGUAAAGAACCGCCAGGACCAUCAGGAUGCACCGUUUGGCAUGUAGGUGGUUGUGGAUUUCAACUCAAUCAUAACGUUAGUUUAUAUACCUCGCCAGAUCUUUCCGUGUGGACAUUUCGUGGCUAUGUUUUUCAAAUGUCGUCCAUGAAAACGCCCGGUAUUAUGUUCGGUCCUCGCGUUUUACCAAAUCGAAAAACAAACAAAUGGGUCAUGUGGUUUAACUUUCUUCCUGCAAGUGGCACAGGUGUCUCUCAGUCACAGUGUGCUGUAGCCAUAGCCGAUACAUCGCAAGGUCCUUUUCAACUUGUAACUGACAAAGUCACUACUUUAGCAUGGGAAAACACAGGUGAUCUAAAUCUUUUUCAGGAUACCAAUGGUGACGCUUAUAUUAUAUACAAUGCACAUAUCGACGCAUCUGUAUAUAAACCAGAUCAUCUAAUGUCGGUUGAGAAGCUUUCAGAUGAUUAUCUUAGUUCACUAGGAAAAGAAUUUAACAGUGGUUUCUUUGGUCAAACGUUCGUUGAAGGUGGAGCUAUGUUCAAACGUAAUGGUGUUUACUAUGCUGUCUUCGGCCAGUGUUGUUGUUAUUGUUCAGAAGGAUCUUCUGUUACUGUCUAUAGUUCUCUGUCUCCUCUCGGUCCGUUCGACACAAUGAAUAACCUAGGAAAUGACGGUCAUGCUCAACUGUAUAACAUUCUUCCAUAUAAAAUUUCUGGGACGGAUAGUUACGGAUAUAUUUGGCAAGGAAACAAAUGGCAAAGUUCUCCGGAUGGUGCUAAAGGACAUGAUUUUACCUAUUGGGCACCGUUAUCUUUCGAUCCCAACGAUUCCAUACGCUACAUGAACUAUACUGCUAAUUUUACUAUCAAUAUAUGA